CCCACUCUCCACGCCUCCGCCUGCCACUCUCCUCCCGCCCCUCAAGAACCGCGCCCAAGCUCCCGCCGGCCGCCAUGGACAAGGCUACGCUGGUGACGGAGCUGGACUCGGACGGCGCCGCGGGGGGCGGCGGCUCGGGCUCGUUCUCGAGCCUGCGCGCGUACGGUCGCGCUCUGGCGCAGACGCCGCGCCGCCUGGCACACCGCGGGUGCGCGGCCACGGCGCCGGCCGAGGAGAUGAACCGCGUCCGGGCGCGUUCCGGCCCCCGCAUGGCGCGCGCGCUGCGGUGGCCCGACCUCGUUGGCCUCGGCCUCGGUGGCAUGGUCGGCGCCGGGGUGUUCGUCACCACGGGACGCGCCACCAGGAUGUACGCGGGGCCAGGCGUCGUCGUGUCCUACGCCAUUGCGGGGCUCUGCGCGCUGCUCUCCGCCUUCUGCUACACCGAGUUCGCCGUCGACAUGCCCGUCGCCGGAGGCGCCUUCAGCUACCUCCGCGUCACCUUCGGGGAGUUCGCGGCGUUCCUGACGGGGGCGAACCUGAUCAUGGAGUACGUCUUCUCCAACGCUGCCGUGGCGCGCAGCUUCACGGCGUACCUCGGCACGGCGGUCGGCGUGGACGCGCCCAGCAAGUGGCGGAUCGUCGUGCCGGGUCUGCCGGAGGGGUUCAACGAGGUCGACCUCGUCGCCGUCGUCGUCAUCCUCCUCAUCUCCGUCUGCAUUUGUUACAGCACCAAGGAAAGCUCGGUGGUGAACAUGGCCCUGACGGCCGUGCACGUGAUCUUCAUCCUGUUCAUCAUCGUCAUGGGGUUCGUGCACGGCGACGCGCGCAACCUGACGCACCCCGCCGACCCGUCCCACCCGGGCGGCUUCUUCCCGCACGGCGCCGGCGGCGUGUUCAACGGCGCGGCCAUGGUGUACCUGAGCUACAUCGGCUACGACGCCGUUUCCACCAUGGCCGAGGAGGUCGAGCGCCCCGCGCGCGACAUCCCCGCCGGCGUCUCCGGCUCCGUCGUCGUCGUCACCGCGCUCUACUGCCUCAUGGCCGCCUCCAUGUCCAUGCUCCUCCCCUAUGACGCGAUUGACCCGGAGGCGCCGUUCUCGGGGGCGUUCAAGGGGCGGGAGGGGAUGGGGUGGGUGUCAAACGUGAUCGGCGCAGGGGCGAGCCUCGGCAUCCUGACAUCGCUGAUGGUGGCGAUGUUAGGGCAGGCUCGGUACCUAUGCGUCAUCGGCCGCUCCGGUGUCAUGCCAGCUUGGCUCGCCAGGGUGCACCCCAGGACCGCCACCCCCGUCAACGCCUCCGCCUUCCUCGGCCUGUUCACGGCGGCGCUGGCGCUGUUCACGGAGCUAGACGUGCUCCUCAACCUCGUCUCCAUCGGCACGCUCUUCGUCUUCUACAUGGUGGCAAACGCCGUCGUGUACCGCCGCUACGUGGGCGACUCUGAUGGCGGCGACGGGCAGCGGCGGGACCGCGCAUGGCCAGUGCUGGCGUUCAUCCUCGCCUUCUCCCUGAUCGCGCUUUCCUUCACGCUGCUGUGGCAGUUCGCGCCCCGCGGCGGCGCCAAGGCGGGGCUCCUCGCUGGGUGCGCCGCGGCGGCCGUCGCCACGGUCGCCGCGUUCCAGGAGCUAGUGCCGCAGGCGCGUGCGCCCGAGCUGUGGGGCGUGCCGGGCAUGCCGUGGGUGCCGGCCGCGUCCGUGUUCCUCAACGUCUUCCUCCUCGGCUCGCUGGACCGGCCGUCGUACAUCCGGUUCGGGUUCUUCUCGGCCGUCGCCGUGCUGGUGUACGUGCUCUAUAGCGUGCACGCCAGCUACGACGCCAAGGAGAGCGGCGCGCUGGAUGGAGCCGGCGGCGCCAAGGUGCUGGACGAUGGCUGCAAGGUCUAGCAGGGUGGCUGGCAUAAGCAGAGAGCUCUUUCUUCUUCUUUUUUAUGUUGUUUUUUGUUAGGUUAUGAUUUAAGACUACCUUGUUAGCGGAAGAAUCUAACAUGGUAGAAAAACAACCGGAAGAAAACAGAGAGGGAAAAAAUGCACCUGUAAUUUGCAGGAUGAGAUGUACAUAUUCUUCUCUCUUUUUUCUUUCCACUAAUUAAGUAUUUGUACAUUCCAAUCAAAACAUAAAUAUUAAAUAUAAUAAUAUCAAUCAUAAACUCAA